AUGGAGAAGCUUCGAAGGUGUUACCGUUCAGAGAUCCAGCGUGCCGCUCCAUAUGAUGGCCCUCGCCGGAUCUCCUCAUCCUGGGUCCACUUCCCGAGCAUGCACUCCAUGGAGAAGGGCCCCAACCGCUCCCCGUCUUCCUCUGAAGACGAACCGCAAGGAGAAGAGGAUCACGAGAAUAGCAUCACACGCAUUAACGAUGCACUCAACAAUAAUUACAGUCAUCAGAAAAGUAAUUUUAGUAAUCAAGGGCUUAUGGGUAAUGGGACGACUAGUGGUUUUCAGAUCAAAAUUCCUGUUAAGGCAAGUGCAGGUUAUACUAGUGGUUACGGGGUUUCUGGUAAAUUUUCGAGAGAUGGGUUUACAGAGACAUUAGGAGAGUGGUUUGUGAGAAUAGAAAAAGUCAAGAUGGAUAUGGCGCACGAGGUGGAGCAGAUGCGAAUGCAGAUGGAGUUGAAGAGGAUUGAGAUGAUACUUGAGUCGCAACAGAGGAUUGUGGAGGCCUUUGCUAAUGCAAUUUCAAAUAGAAAACCUGAGAAGGCAAAGAAAAUGCCAAUGCCUGACUGCUAA